AUGACAAAUAAAUUAAAUAUUAAAUCUAUAUUAGGAAUCUGGUUAUAUUUUAUUGGAUUAUUAUUAUUAUCAUUAUUAUUCAAUUAUUCAAUUCUUCAAUUAGUUACUGGGAUACCUUUAAAUUUCACUUUUGAAAAUGAUUCAGUUAAACAAUUAAAACAUUCAAAUUAUAUACAAUUAAUUAAAUUCAAUCAACCAUCAUCAAUUCAUUAUGGGAAUUAUGAAAAACUUGUUUUAAUACCAGAUAUACCUUUGCAUAUGGAUACAAAGUUUCCAAUAAAAUUUUAUGGUGUAUAUCAUAAAAUAGUUAAAAUUUCAUCAAACGGUUUUAUAAAUAUUGGUGAAUCGAAUUCUGGAACAGUACAUGGAAGCAUCAAAGUAUUCUAUGGAGUUGGGAAAAGCGGUCAUGUGGAAGUUAUUCAUAAUGACAAACUUCUAACAAUAAGGUGGCCUAAUCUUAUCAUUUUCAAUGCACAUGGAAUAGAAAUGGAAGAAAAAGCUAAAAUAAUAUGCACAUUACAUGUGAAUGGGAAUAUAUCGAUUUUCUUUGAAACAAUACCGAAUGGAAUAUUUAAUGAAACAGAUGAAUCUUUAUCUGGAAGUAAAAUCUAUUAUCCAAUGACAAUUCAAAAUUAUGCUUAUUUACCUCAUUACAAAAAAAGUACAAUAAAAGUUCCUGCAUUCCUGAUAAAAUCAAACACUUUGAUUGAAUUUAUACCAGAUCCAAUUUGCUCUGAUCAAACAUCAUGCAAUGACUGUCUCAGACCGGGUGCAUUUGCUACAAAAUGUUAUUGGUGUCCAAGAACCAAAAACUGUACUAAUACCCAUGAUAUUUAUGGAAAAAUGUGGAAGAAAGGAGAGUGUCAUAUACAGAAUAGUUCGGAUUGUUCUGUACAGAAUAAUGUUCAAACUAAUUUGAUUCAAGUUAUGAGACCGGGAUCAACAACUUCAACCAUAAGAAAUGAAGAACCUCUAAAUGUUAUACAAGAAAUUGUUAAUGGAAAUGUGUCAGAACAUAUAGUCCCGGAUACAAAUAUAAUUCAAAAUAGUUCAGAUUAUUCUGUACAGAAUAAUGUUCAAACUACUUUGAUACAAAUUACAACACUGAUACCAACAACACCAACCAUAAGAAUUAAAGAACCUAUAAAUGUUACACAAGACAUUAUCAAUGAUAAUGUGUUAGAACAUAUAGUCCCGGAUACAAAUAUGAUUGAAGUAAUACAAAUAAAUGAAACUGAUUGUAUUCAAUCAACUACUAUUUUGUUUGAUAAAUGUACCCUCCUUUGGAUGAUAGCAACAAUAAUUUUAUCAAUUUUAUUAGUAUUAUGCAUAGUUUAUUAUAAUUUAUCUACUUGUUGUUAA